UAACAACAACAGCAGUGUGUUUAUGUUUCUGCUGUCCGGAACUGCAGUGUGUGGCUGUGUGUGUGGCGGAUGGAUUAGAGUGUGACACCGCUGGCAGCAUGGUGAAGACUUUGGAGGAGCUGGCAAUGGCUGGGUGACACACUGUGACAGGACAGGUGGUGUUGCGUCUCCAGGCUGCUCCAUCAAACCUCUGAUUACAUCACCAUGAGUCUCGCCCUACAUGAGCUCCUGCUCUGCUGCCGACAGCUGGAAACAGACAAGGCCACAGAAAGACGAAAAGAAAUUGAUAAGUUUAAGCGGUUACUUCGAGAUAAGGAGACAGUCCAGCAGCUAGAUCGUAAUUCAGACACUCGCCGUGGAAAGCAGCUGAACUGGGAUACUGUGUUCAGGUUCCUGCAGAAAUAUAUCUACAAAGAGAUUGAAAGUUUUAAAUCUGGUAAAACAAAUGUCUCUCAGUCCACACAAGCUGCUCGACAGAAGAAAAUGCAGGAGAUCAGCAGCCUGGUUAAAUAUUUCAUCCGCUGUGCAAAUAAACGAGCUCCAAGGUUAAAAUGCACAGAGCUUCUGCUUCACGUGACCGAAACUGUGAAAGACCCCUUAAUGUGUGCUGCCUACGGAGCUGACUACAGCAGCAUCCUACUGAAAGAUAUACUCUCUGUGCGCAAGUAUUGGUGUGAGAUUACUCCACAGCAAUGGGAAGAAUUAUUAACACUGUACUUCCACCUCUACUUGAAACCAAAGAGUGCAAUAAAUCGUUUGCUGGUGGCUCGCAUAAUCCACACUCUCACCAGGGGGUGCUGUCUCCAGGCAGAGGGCAUGCAGUCCAAGUUCUUCACCUUCUUCUCUAUGGUGAUGCAGAUGGUCAGAGGAGAGACGAAUCUUCCUGGCCUGGACCAUAUCCUCUCUGCCCUUAACGUCUUCCUUUCUGCUUCAUCUGUGAACUGCCGCAUGCGGGUGUGCAAGCUGGGGGAGAAUAUCUUCCUGACAGUACUGCGUAUAUGGACACGGCAGAAACCUAAGGACACCUUGAAAGAGGAGAUUGUGGAGUUCUUCCGAUUAAUGCUGCACGUUCAUCACCCUAAAGGGGCCAGAACUACAGACGAAGGGGCUUUUGCUUGUGACAGUGAUAUGUGGCAGAGGAAUUUGUACAGCCUGUAUGAUGUCAUGGUGUCUGAGAUCAGCCACAUUGGCAGCAGAGGAAAGUAUUCAUCAGGAUCUCGACAUGUUGCAGUCAAGGAGAAUUUGGUGGAGUUAAUGGCUGAUAUAUGCCAUCAGCUGUUCACUGAAGACACACGUGUGUUGGAGAUCACUCAGGCUUCUUUUGCUGUGACCCAAAGAGAGCCAUCAGGAAAUGGGGUCCCAAACAAGCGCCGGAGGAUAGAACUGGGCUGGGAAGUAGUCCGUGACAAACUUCAAAGGUCACACAAUGAUUUUGAUGUAAUCCCGUGGUUACAAAUCGCUGCUUGUUUGAUUUCACGGCACCCAACCAGCCUGCCAGAUGGUGAACUGACGCCAUUACUGACCGUUCUCCACCAGCUGCUGGCCCAGCAGAGGCGAGGGGAGAGGGCCACAUUUGUGCUCAGAUGUUUGAAGGAGGUUGCUGUUUGCCAGAGGGAAAAAACUUACAUGACUAUAACUCCCAAAUCAGAUCUGCAAAAGCUGUGGACAAAGAUCUGGGCUGUUACUUUACGCAGCAUUAGCUCUCCGCAAACAGAGGCUGAGAGCUUUGCCUUGUUAGGUGUCAUCUUACAAGGAGGUCUAGUGCCGGCUGACAGAGAUUUCUGGAAGGUCUUCUCAGGAUCUGCUGGCAAACCAUCCAGCUCCACAGUCCACUGCUUAAGUCUGGCUCUCACCUCCUGCACUGUGCCGGACCAUCUCACUUCAGGCCUGGAACAACCUGUGCAUGAGAGCAGUGGGGGCAAAAGGUGGCUGAAGGAAGAGAUCAUUAAGUGGCUACUCUUCGGCCAUCAGGACGACCAGAUGGAAGACACAAAUGAGCAUGCCCCACUCAUAAAUAGGUACUUUUCUCACCCUGCCUUCCAGAAAGCUGUAGUGAGCAUCACAAUGAAGGACUCUGGCGCUGCUAUGACUUAUUUUGGAAGUCUGGAGUGCUCACACCAUAGAAAAGCAAGUGAAGAGAACAGUUUCUCCGAUACUGAAGAGCUCUUCCUUCUCUCGUCAUUUAAUGAUAUUACUGUGCCGACCAGUGUGGCUGCCUCAGGACCUGGCAGGGAGUGCAGCUCCCCGUGUCUGACCGUGCAUCAGUGUAUCAGGGAGAAGCUGCAGUUGGACCUACUCACUGUUUUUGAACAGCUGCAUGACGGCUACUCCCCUGAGACCACACCUGCUGAUAGCCUGGUCCGAUGUGCAAGCCUGUUGACUGGAGUACUGGCCUGUUACUGCCAUGCUGAGGUCAUCAGUGUAGAGGAUGCUGUCAAAGAUGCUCUAUUCCAAAAAGCAAAGAUGCUGAUGCAGUGUGCCAGUGAGAGCACUUCAUUCUUAAAGGGAAAACUAAAUGAGGAUUCUAGAAUUGUCUCGUUGGAAACAUUAAUAUCCCAGUGUCUGAGCUGUGUGUGUAACUGUACAAAGACUGGUCCAGCUGGGUUCUUCACAGAUCUGUUCCUUCGCCUUAUUACACAGAGGAUGCUAACUGAUUUGUAUGACAUUUGUAGACACUUGAUAACAAGCAGUGGGCACACUGCAGAGGCCACAGAAGAAGACUUCAUGGACGUAGACACAAGAACGGCUGCAGAAGACCAAGUUGUGGACCUGUUUGAUGAUGACUCUGCUACUGAGGCUGCAGAAAGCACAGACUACGGGGAGCUGCAGUAUGGCACUGGUGCUGUGAGCCCUUUGUCAGAGGAGCAUCUGACCAAAUCAGAGAUGGUGCUGUUACAGACCCUGCAAUUCCUCUGCUUCUGUGCAUCAGCUGACGCCAACCAUACUGCCAAUUUCAGGCCUUCUGAUAUAAGGAGGAAACUACUGAAUCUCAUUGAUACGUCGCUGGACAUGAGCAAACCUCUACAUCUCCAUGUGUAUUUACAGGUGCUAAAUGACCUGCCUGUGAAGGACGUUGCUCUGCCAGUGGAUGACAUUAAUACUUUACUGAAACCUCUGGCGGAAGUGUGCUCCUCCUACCGGCGAGACCAGGAGGUGUGCGCUGUGAUUCUCACCAGCCUUCUUCCCAUCGUGCUGUGCCUGGGGCAGAAUCAGGAGGAUACUGAAGACACUAGCGAUGCUGAUGGGCAGCUCCUCAGUGUUAUUCAGGCUUUCUGGCUUUUAGCAAGGGAUGGAAAAUACACAGCAUUGGUGCGAGUCCCACUUGUGAAUUGCAUGGAGACACUGAUCGAGGUUGACCCGGAGUGUAAGUGGGCGAUCCUCACAGUUGGAGAGACAGACGUGUCUGUCAGAGAUGCAUUCCCACAGUUCCUGGCAGACACUGAUCAGCGGGUUCGCUUGCUUGCUGCUAAAGCUGCCCGCAGACUGUUUCAAAAUGAGAAACUACAGGCUCUUCCGCUGAAGCUUCAGCACAAGGCUUUUGAAAAUGUGUACAUGAAGGUGCAAGAGGGAAUGAGUUACCUGUCUUGCAGAGACCUGGAUUCAGAACAACUCCCCGAUGAGAGACUUAACAGGAACUCCACAUUGCUCAUGCUGGUGUCUGUGGUUCUGCUCUCCAGCCCAGUGUGCGAGAAGCAGGCAUUGUUUGCCAUCUGUCAGUCUGUUAAAGAAAAUGGCCUUGAUCCUCAGCACAUUAGAAAGGUUUUGCAGAAAGUGUCUACCACACUUGGAUAUAGAACUGUAAAAGACUUUAUGGCCUCACACUUGGAUUACCUGGUCUUUGAGUGGCUGAGAAUAAAGGUUACUGGUUACAACCUUUCAACUUUUCCCUACACCUUGUUAAAUUACACCACAAUCAAGGAUUUCUACAAAUCCUGCUACAAAGUUCUUGUCCCACACCUGGUCAUACGGAGUGAGUUUGAUGAAGUGAAGUCCGUGGCUCAGUGUAUAGAUGAAGACUGGACGCUGCUGUUGGCUGACUGUUUCCCGAGGAUUCUAGUGAAUAUCCUGCCCUACUUUGUCUCGGAAUGCUCUGGUGACACGGAGAUGGCAGCAAAGAGAGAAAUUGCUUAUAAGGUCUAUGAUUUGCUGCAAGACGAAAACUGCCUGGGGAAACAGCAAAUUGACAACUUGUUCCUGCGAAAUCUACCAGAUAUUGUUGUGGAAUUACUGAUGACGUUACAUGAGUCCCCCAGUGGUGUAACAGGGGAUGAGAUGCAGGCUUCUCAGUUCACGAGAGAAUUGGAUCCAGCUCCAAAUCCCCCGUAUUUUCCCUCAUAUGUAAUUAAAGCAACUUUGGAUUAUAUCAGCAGUUGUCACAAAAGCAAGAUGAAGAGUCUGGUGGCGAUUCUCUCCAAGACUCCGGAUUCUUUCCAGAAGAUCUUGCUUUCCAUAUGCAAACAGGCUGCAGAGAGUAGCAAUGUGUACAGGCGGCACCAGAUCCUCACCAUUUACCAUCUCUUUGUUAACCUGUUGCUGGUAGAAAUUAAAGAUGGUUUAGGAGGAGCAUGGGCCUUUGUCCUCAGAGAUGUCAUCUACACAUUGAUCCACCACAUUAAUAGCAGAGUUGCCUGCACUAAGGAUGAAGUCUCCACCCGCAGCCUCAUGCUGUGUCUUGACCUUUUGUACCAUGUUUGCCGGGCAGCGGUCACUUACUGCAAGGAUGCACUGGGGAGCCACCUACAUGUCAUUGUUGGCAGCCUCAUCCCUUUGGCAAACAGCCAGGCAGAAAUUCAGGAGCAGGUAUAUGACUUAUUGAAGUUUUUGGUGGUUGAAAACCAAGACAAUGAAAACCUCUACCACACUAUUAAACUUCUGGACCCCUUUCCUGACCAUCUGUUGUUCAAAAACCUGCGACAAGCACACCAGAAAAUAAAGUACAGCGGAGGGGCUUUCUCACUUAUGGAGGAAGUAAGCCAUUUUCUAUCUGUAAGUGUUUGUGAUUCACUCCCAUUAACCAGACUGGAGGGAUUAAAUGAUUUAAGAAAACAACUGGAGCAACACAAGGAUGAAAUGAAAGAUCUUGUGCGUGAAUUCCAAGGGAAUCCUCAGGAUAAUGUUAUUGCAAAACUGGUGAUAAGCCUCUUACAGUUGUCUAAGAAUGCAGUACACCUGGACAAUGGGAAAGAGGUUCUGGAAGCAGUAGGGAGCUGCCUGGGAGAACUGGGACCUGUUGACUUUUGCACUAUAGCCCUACAGCACAGGAAAGAUUUGCUCUGUGACAGAGCUGUGGAUGUUCUACAAGACAAGGAACUUCAUUGUCUGCUCCUUAUUCUGACAUUAAUAAAUAACGCCCUGACAGAUCACUGCAUCCAUGUUCGAUCAGCAGCUGCUACUUGUUUAAAAAACAUAUUAGCCACAAAAACUGGAUGUCAGUUUUGGGAGGUGUACAAAGACAGCGGAGACCCCAUGCUCGUGUACUUGCAGCCUUUUCGCACCCCAAAGAAAAAGUUCCUCCAGUUGGAGGAUAUCAAUGGAGCAGAUGGUGCGUCUGACAGUCUGGAUGACCACACUUUAUGGAUCCCCCAAAGUAGCUGCCACGAGGAAUGGAUAAAGAACCUGACGUGCGCUGUGCUAAAGAGCAGCGGAGUGAGGAGCGAGGUCCUUCUAUUACUGAAACCGCUGUGUGAGGUGAAAGCAGACUUCUGCCAGGCUGUUUUGCCUUAUUUUAUACACAAUAUUCUACAAGAAGAUCCCAAUGACACAUGGAGGACACUGUUAUCAAAGCACAUCCAGGGAUUCUUCACAUCCUGCUGCCACACUGUGCCAACGUCUAGCAGAUCGGCCACUCCAGCGAGUUCAGACUCAGAGUCUGAAGGUUUUCUGCGAGGAACAAUAAACAUUGCUUCCAGGAGGACAAUGCUCAGUGUCUUGGAGUACUUGAGGAGACAAAGACGAUCGUGCAAGGGAACAGCCUUCGAUGACAACUUCUGGCUUGAUCUAAAUUACCUUGAAGUUGCCAUGGCGUUGCAGUCCUGUGCGGCCAACUUUACCGCUCUGCUGUAUGCCGAAAUAUACGCCGACAAGAUCAAGUUAGAUGGAGAGCAGCGGGCAAGGAACAGCUCCAGUGCACGCAAGGCUCUCAAGUUUGAGGAGGAAAGUCAGACAAUGACCAUCACCAGCAUGAGUGAGAAAAGCAAAGAGGAAACUGGGAUAAGCUUGCAGGAUCUCCUGAUGGAAAUUUACAGGAGCAUUGGAGAGCCUGACAGUUUGUAUGGAUGCGGAGGGGGGAAGAUGCUUCAUCCUCUUGCUAGAAUCCGAACGUAUGAACAUGAAGACAUGUGGGGAAAGGCCUUGGUUACCUAUGACCUGGAGUCUAACCUUCCUCCAGCAACUCGCCAAGCAGGCAUCAUGCAGGCAUUACAGAACUUUGGCUUAUGCCACAUACUGUCCACGUACCUGCAAGGUCUGGAGCAGGAGAAUGCGGAGUGGUCCUCGGAGUUGCAGGAAAUCCGUUUCCAGGCUGCAUGGAGGAACAUGCAGUGGGACCAGAGCCCCUGCCAUAAAGAUGAUGCGACUGGGCCUGGCUAUCAUGAAUCUCUGUACCGUGCUAUACAGUCCUUGAGGGACAAAGAAUUCUCCUCUUUUCAUGACCACAUUAGAUUUGCCAGGGUUAAGGAAGUGGAAGAGCUGUGCAAAGGCAGCCUGGAGUCUGUGUAUUCUUUGUAUCCCACGCUGUGCCGUCUCCAAGCUAUUGGGGAACUAGCAAGUGCUGGGCAGAUGUUCCCCAGACCCAUCACUGAGCACCAGUUAAAUGAUCUGUACAUGAAGUGGCAGCAACAGUCCCAGCUCCUUAAGGACAGCGACUUUGGCUUCCAGGAACCCGUCCUUGCUCUUCGAUCAGUCAUCCUGGAGAAUAUGCUGGAGAAAAAUAGCUCCAGCCAGGAUUGCCUGAAACACAUCCUCACCAAGCACUUGGUGGACCUCUCUAGAGUGUCCAGGACAGCCAGCAACACCCAGCUACCAGAGAAAGCACUGUUCCAGAUUAAACAACACAAUUCAGCACAAAUCCUGGGGUCUGAAUGGCAGCUUGAAGAGGCCCAAGUGUUCUGGGCUAAAAAGGAGCAUAGCCUGGCUUUGGGGAUACUCAGACACAUGGUGGACAAAUUGGAAUCUAACAGUUUAGAGGUUGAGAGUAAUCCCAACCUUCAGCUAAUAUACGUUGAGUGCUUGAGGUUAUGUGGGAACUGGCUUGCGGAAACCUGCCUGGAGAGCCCUACUAUCAUUAUGAAGAACUAUCUGGAGAAGGCAGUGGAUGUAGCAGAGAGUUACAGGAAUGGCAGCUGUGACCGGCUGCAGGAUAGCAGGAUGAAGGCUUUCCUGUCACUGGCGCGUUUCUCCGAUGCCCAGUACCAGAGAAUUGAUAACUACAUGAAGUCCUCGGAGUUUGAAAACAAGCAGGCCUUGCUGGCAAAGGCUAAGCAGGAGGUGGAAUUAAUAAGGCAACACAAGGUUCAGACCAACAGGUAUACCAUAAAGGUGCAGCGGGAGCUGGAGCUGGACGAGUGUGAAAUCGCCGCUCUGAGGGAGGACAGGAAGCGCUUUCUGUGCACCGCCAUAGAGAACUACAUCAGCUGCCUGGUGUCCGGAGAGGAGCACGACAUGUGGAUCUUCCGGCUCUGCUCCCUCUGGCUGGAGAAUUCCGGGGUGGCUGAAGUGAAUAGUGCCAUGAAGAAGGAUUCACAGAAGAUUCCCUCUCACAAGUUCCUGCCGCUAAUGUACCAGCUGGCUGCUCGUAUGGGAACCAAGAAGAUGGGGAGAGAGGAUUUCCAUGAAGUGCUCAAUAAUCUGAUCAGCAGAACCUCUUUGGAUCACCCUUACCACACACUCUUCAUUAUUCUGGCUCUGGCAAACGCCAAUAAAGAUGACCUCCUGAUGAAGACAGAGAUGGUUAAAAGGGGCGGCCGCCUCACCAAGAAUGCCCCCAAGAAGAUAUCCCAAAUUGACGAGGACCGCAUGGAAGCUGCAUGCAGCAUAGUGAACACAAUAAGGAAACACAGAACUCACAUGGUGCGGGACGUCGAGAGGCUCUGUGAUGCCUACAUAAUAUUAGCCAACCUGGACGCCAACCAGUGGAAAGCUCAGCGCAAAGCCAUACCUAUCCCAUCCGAUCAGCCCAUCACUAAGCUGAGCAAUUUACAAGAUGUUGUUAUUCCGACCAUGGAACUAAAGGUUGAUCCCAGCGGGAAGUAUGAAAACUUGGUGACAAUUAAAUCUUUCAGUCCUGAGUUCCGCUUGGCUGGAGGCCUGAAUCUUCCAAAAAUAAUUGACUGUAUGGGUUCAGACGGGAAAGAGAGACGACAGCUUGUCAAGGGCCGUGAUGAUCUGAGGCAAGAUGCUGUGAUGCAGCAGGUCUUCCAGAUGUGUAACACAUUAUUACAGAGGAAUAGCGAGACUAGGAGGAGAAAGCUGACUAUUCGCAGAUACAAGGUGGUGCCCUUGUCUCAGAGGAGCGGUGUCCUGGAGUGGUGUUCUGGGACAGUUCCCAUUGGGGAAUACCUGAUCAAUUCAGACGAUGGUGCACACAGUCGUUACCGGCCUAGUGACUACAGUAGCUUACAGAGCCAGAGGAGAAUGAUGGAUGUUCAGAGAGGACGAUUCGAAGAUAAGUAUCAAACGUUCCUGGACAUCUACGACCAUUUCCGCCCGGUGUUCCGCUAUUUCUGUAUGGAGAAGUUCUUGGAUCCUGCAGUUUGGUUUGAGAAGCGCUUGGCGUACACGCGCAGUGUUGCUACAUCAUCCAUUGUCGGCUACAUUGUUGGUCUUGGAGACAGACAUGUGCAGAACAUCCUUAUAGAUGAGGAGACGGCAGAACUUGUACACAUAGACUUGGGUGUUGCCUUUGAGCAGGGCAAAAUCCUCCCCACUCCGGAGACCGUCCCUUUCCGCCUCACGCGAGACAUUGUGGAUGGCAUGGGCAUAACUGGGGUAGAGGGCGUUUUCAGAAGAUGUUGUGAGAAGACCAUGGCGGUAAUGAGAAGCUCUCAGGAUGCUCUGCUGACCAUUGUUGAAGUCCUGCUCUACGACCCAUUGUUUGACUGGACCAUGAAUCCUCUGAAAGCACUUUAUCUGCAGCAGGAUGAAGCGGAGCUCAAUGCAACACUGCCUGAGGACCCAGAAUGCAACAGGAACACAUGCAGUGACUCUCAGAGCUUCAACAAAGUGGCGGAACGCGUCCUCCUGCGGCUCCAGGAAAAGCUGAAAGGAGUGGAAGAGGGGACUGUACUGAAUGCGGAAGGACAGGUCAAUCUUCUCAUCCAGCAGGCCAUGGAUCCAAAGAAUCUCAGCAGGCUCUUCCCUGGCUGGAAAGCCUGGGUAUAAUGUUAGGGCCAGUCCUAUAUGUAUAUCUGUACAGUUGACACAAGACUAAGCCAUGAACAGAGGUAUUUGGCCAUUUAUAAUAUAUAUAUAUAUAUAUAUAUAUAUAUGUAUAUAUAUAUAUAUUCCACUCAGGAAAAUGCAUCCUACAUGAAAUACAGAUCAAACCAUGUCAUACUGUCAGUAAUAUUAAUUUAAAGGAGAGAGCUCUGAUCAUUUGUUUUAUGCCAUAUCAUAUACCAGAUUUCAAAUAAGUUUUUGUUUAUCUACAGCAGAUACAUCGCUGACUAGCACCCUUUCCCCUACUACCUCUGACACACUUAUGGCAGCAAACGGGGGCAGCCAGCGCCCUCUUACUGUGCUACACUCCAUUACAGCUUAUGUUUAGCUGCUGUCUUGUAAACGUCAUUACAAAUCACAUUAUCAGUUACGCGAUGUGAAUGCUUUGCCAUAAACACCCGUCCUUUUCCAGUACAAAUUAGGAUGGAAAGGGAUAUAUGAAACAUAGGGGGGUAUUCAAAUGUUUGAAUAGUCAGAUGGGUGUCUGUUUUUUCCUAUCUAAUAGACAGGAAAAAACAGACACCCAACCGACUUUUCAAACAUUUUAAUUCCCCCCAUAGAAUGCAUUAUACCCUUUGUCAGUGAAACAAUGGGUGACUUUCCCAGGGGAGAGGUGAAACCACAACUUCAUUAUCCCUAGUGGUUGACCAAUAACUCUGAUUUAGCAGUGGAGUCAAAUUGGAGAUAAAAACUUAUACCCCACCCCACCCCUCCCCCCAAUAGUUUUUUUUUACAUACUGAAAUAGACAAUGGAAUUAUAGCAUUGCCAACAAAAUCUGGUGGGUUAUGUUUUAUACCCGGUCACUGUUCUCAUAUUGCUGAUGAAGAAAAUACAUUACUGGUGUUUCAAUAUCUAACAAGUCACUUAAAUCUCCAUGUAUAUAAAUAAAUGUAUAUUAUUUUAGAAUUCAGGUCUAAUGUCAUUUCCUAAGGCUUGCUAAGAAAGUAGUACAAUCCAUUUGUGUUUGUUUUCAUGUUUAAUAAGUAACCAUUUGCUUAGAUGGAGUUCUAUAUUUCAGUACUGUAUUUUGCAGGUAAUAAAACAACCACUGUAAAUAUAA